UCCCGUCUUCUCCACGAUGGGCCACGCCACACCACUGAGCACCCUUCCUCCCUGUUCUUGCCUCUGUCCUAUACUACUACUACUACCCAUCUUUAGCCGCCGCGUGCAUGCAAGAAGAGAAAUAGCCGCCGAUCGAUCAGCGCUCGACCGACCCGUCAUCCUUGACGAACGACCAGCUAGGAAACAGGAGGCACCUUCUUUGCACGUGUCAGUGCCAGCCAGACGAACCCAAGCCGUCUGGCAGUUGAAGGGGAGUCCCGGUCUGCUCAUUCUUUCGCAGUCUGAUGAUAUAUAUGUAUAUUCUUUUGCGUUUGAAGGACUCCUGUGUGUUGUUAAAUUAAACUGGUUUCCGCGUCCGUUAGGACUUAGGAGACCUCAUCGCGUAACAGCCUUCCAAAAAAAUAAAGAGAGCCCCCUUCUCAACCAGCUGCUGAUUAAUUGGUGCAGGGCUAGCUGUCAGGACGGCUCAGCUCCAGCUUUGCGGCCCUCCAGCUCUCCCCAGUUCAAGUUCAAUAUUGGCGAGCAUGCGAGUUUGCCCUCUUCCGUCGUCGUCAUCAUCAUCGUCCUCGCGAUCCCGGCGUCCCUGUUUCGGCCUACGCCUCCCGUAGACAACAGUUGCGCCCUGCUCUCCGGCAAGCUAUGGCCAAGCUGAGCUGCUUCCCCGCUCUGCUCCCCGGCAAGAGGAAGAAGAAGACACGCAAGAUCACCGAUGCUAUCAAGGCCAGCGGCAACGAGUGCCCCAAGGUGAAGCCGGUCGAAGUCGAACUCAUCGACCCGACGCUUGGUGCAGGCGUCGUCCAGGACGUCGUCCCCGCCGAGCUCUCGGUCCCCGUGGAGGACCGCAACAAUAAGGAAGCGGCUGAUCAACUGGUGUUGGUGAAGGAGAGCGAUCUGUCAGAUUUCGACUUCAGCUUCCACGCGGCCAUGAAGCCCGUCCGGUCCGACAGUGACGUGGCACUGGACACCUCGGCCGACGCUGCGGUGGCGGACACAUCGCCGAAGCUGAAGCGGUCUUGCUCCAACAUCGAGACUAAGCGACCAGGCUCGCGUUCCGCGCCCGAGAUGCCGGCCCGGUCGCGCUCCUACGGCGAUCUGGGCAACCUGGUCGCCGGCCUCGCCCUGGACGCGACGGCGACCCCGCACGGCGCGCCGGAGGCCAGUCCGGCGUCCGUGAAGACGUCGCGCACUGCCGACCGCGUGAUGCUGAAGAAGCGGUCGUCCAGCCAGGUGCUGCCCUCGCGCAGCCGGAAGCUCUGGUGGCGGCUCUUCCUCUGGAGCCACCGCAACCUGCACAUGCCGCGGUCGGCGCGCACGGCCCACCGAUCGUUCUCGCCUGGCCGCCACGACGGGUACACCUCGGACACGUUCGAGGAGGGCCCGGCCGCCGACCGCAAGAACAAGACGGUCAUGGUCGACGAGUCGCCGCCAGCAGCGUCUGUGCCCAACCAGUGGGUCGCCUUCUGCGCCGAGAGCUCCAUCCACGACCGCGUCAGCGCGUGGGUCAGCAGCAUCGAAAGCGAGCCUCCGUUCGAUAUCGCCGAGGAGGAUGACGACAACUACGACGGAGAGGACGAUGAGGAGAAUGGCGAGUGUGCGGCGUCGCAGCCGCGCCAUCUCGAGCUCGGGGAGCCAUCGUCCGGGAAGGGCGGAAACAGCAAAUCCAAGCGCUGCGCAACGACGGCCGACGAGGUCGUCCAGGCCAACACCGUGGUGCAGUCCCUGAACGCCUUCUCGUCGGUGGCGCACAUCUCAGGGAUGGGCCUCAAGGUGGUGCCGAUGAUCGCGCCCUUCUCAACCCUCCGGGCCGUCAACCUCUCCAGCAACCUCAUCGUUCAUAUCUCCCCUGGAUCGCUGCCCAAGGGCCUCCACUCUCUUGAUCUGUCCAGGAACAAGAUUGCCAGCGUCGAGGGCCUCCGGGAGCUCACAAAGCUACGCGUGCUCAACCUCAGCUACAACAGGAUUUCGCGGAUUGGGCAUGGUCUGUCGAACUGCACGGCCAUCCGGGAGCUGUACCUGGCGGGCAACAAGAUCAGCGACGUGGAGGGUCUGCACCGGCUGCUGAAGCUGGCGGUGCUGGACCUGAGCUUCAACAAGAUUACGACGGCCAAGGCGCUGGGGCAGCUGGUGGCCAACUACCACUCCCUCCUGGCGCUCAACCUCGUAGGCAACCCGGUGCAGGCCAACAUCGGCGACGACGCCCUGCGCCGGGCGGUCACGGGCCUCCUCCCGAGCCUUGCCUACCUCAACAAGCAGCCCGUGAAGCCGCAGCGCAUCGCGCGGGAGGUGGCCACGGACAGCAUCGCGCGCGCCGCGCUCAGCGGCUCGGACAGCCGGAGCAUCCGGAAGAGGACGUCGCGGCGGCUCACGCAGAGCCCCCGCUCGUCGUCGUUGACCAGGGCCCGUGGCGGCGGCGGCGGCGGUUCACCCACACCAAGAAACACCUCUCGUCGUCGUUGACCAGAAGAACCAACUGCGUGAUUCGCGUUGCUCUUUGGAGACGGGAGACGGUGGCGUGACUGCGUGCAGGCAGACUCAGACGACACCAUGAUUCGGCACGGCGCCAGCAUGAUAUGAGACAAACCAAGUAUAUAAAGCAAGUAUGAUGUGAGAGAAUUGCGAUGCAACACAUAAUGUACAUACUUGUUAGGGAGAUAUUGCUUAGAUUAAUACUACGACCGAUGCAUCUUUGUACCUGAAAAUAUCAAUUUGAGCCUGGUUGAAGAUGAACAUCCA